AUGAUAAAUGAUCACGAUGAAGAUAGCCAAAAUCAAGUUAAUUCUAAUUUAAAUCAGGAAAUUAUUUCUCCAUUUUCUCCUAAACGAUAAUAAAGUUGGGGAGGAUCUUAUUCUAAAAUAAUAGCCGUAACAUUAAUAAUACUAACAUUAAUUUAAUCUUUGAUCCAAUCUGGAUCUUUUCCUUAUUUAGCGAAAUUACCAUUAGACCACUCUUAUGUUAUUUUGAAUUGGAAAACUGAGCCAAUAACCGAAAUAUACACUAGUAAAUAAGGUUGUAACGAAUAUUUAAUAAACUACAAAUUUCCAGGAACAUAAGAAGGCUGUGACUGUUCUGAUUCUUAAAAUCCCCUAUAUUAAAAUAAAUUAAUUAAAGCAAAAUGCACAGGAUAAUAAAUAUAAGACAAUUGUAAAAAAAUAUACCCUAUAUAAUCCAAAGUAUUUCAUUAUUGGAAUAUUGGAGAGGAAAAAUUUGAAAUGUGUGUUUAAAGGGCAACUGGAUUUAAUUAUAUAAAAUCUGAUUGCAGUUAGAAAGAAGUAAAAUAAUGCGGAGGAACACUAAUGCCGUUUUGUAUUCCUACAAAUUAUAAAUGCCCUUUAAAUUCUGUCCAAUAUGGCCCCAAUUCUCCCAAUGACCAAGGAUAUUAAGUUAUUUAAAAAUUUAUAAAUGGCGAUAUUUUGUUCGCGAGCUAAUAUGCUGAUUCUAAUCUUCCUCUAGUUUUAGGAAUUAUAAGUGAAGGAGACGGAGUAUGCAAAUAUUAUAAAGAAAAGGAUAAUUUAACUGAAAAAAGAGAUGAAUAUUUUCUCUUGAAUAAAUUCAAAAGCGGAUGUAUAGAAGAAAAAGACUAAACAUUCAUCAAAAAUGGAAAAUUUAAUCCAAAUAUAUGCAAAUCUAAUACUAAUUUUGAUUCAAAAUUAAGUGCUAAUAAUCCUGUUAAAAGCAACGUUUUUAUAAAAGGUGCCGAACUCAUGUUUAAAAAUUCUAAUCCUCUUACUGAUUUAUAAUACUAUUUGUAAAAAGGAAAUAAUUUAGAAAAAAAAGUUGGAGAAAUUAAAGAUAAAUAUAAUGCUAAAUCUAUGAACUAACUAGAUAGUAAUUUAAAUAACAAUCCUUAGUUUGAAAUAUAAGAUGAUGAAGAUUAUGGAGAUGCUAAUAAUUUUAAUAUUGAGAAAAAAACUAAUACUAGAAUCGGAGGUGGUUUCAGAAUUCCAAAACCAUAAGAAAAUAAAGAAUAAUAACAGAAAAAUAAUAAAAUGAUCUAAAAUCUAGUAGGAAAUGAUUCAACUAAUAAUAAUAAUAUUUGA